GUCUGAUAUAUUUUUUCUUUUCUUAAUCAGGGAUGGAUAGUACAUGAAAUGUGAAAAUGACUUUCGCAGAAAAAGAACUGACGUGGAAAUAACAGUAACAGUAGUCAUAUAAAUUCCAGAAACCCAUGUCAGCUGGCUUGAUGGGUUACGACAGAUCCGAGAGGCACCGACAUUCGCAUCUCAAUUAAAGAUAAUGAAGGUAGAAGUGUCUAAACACAUUGGUUUAAAAGAUGUGAUUAUAGUACAGUAGAAGAGAGUGAGGUGUUAUGAAGAAGGCGGGCAUGUGGUGGCGCUUUAAAUUGAUAUUAUCCAAUUUGCGAUCCAUUUUGAAGAAGAUUGAUUGAUGGAGUAUGUAGCAGAUUCGUGUUUGUUUUACUGUUGGGUAGUGACAACUGUACCGAAGCUAGCUGUCGGCUCAUUACUUGUUCAUCUUCCUCAACCGUUCCCAUUCUCACUUUCAAUUUCCACUCCGUGUCGUGUAGUGUAGUUGUGUCGCUUUAUUUAACUUUACUGCCUGCACUACCUUUUCUUCCCUUUGAAGCUUAAAAAAUCUAACUCAAAGCCACAAUGAUAUAUUUAUAGUAGAUAUUGGAGCUUCAAUUUGUGCAAACACUUGCUUAACCGGAAAUGCAUGCAAAAACAGAUUCGGAAGUGACAAGCGUAGAUGCGUCGUCAUCUCCGAGGAGGGCAGUGUACUACGUUCAGAGUCCAUCACACGAUGGCGAGAAGACAACGACGUCGUUCCAGUCGACGCCGGUGCUCAGCCCAAUGGGGUCCCCACCGCACUCCCAGUCGUCCAUGGGCCGCCACUCUCGCCAGUCCUCGUCGAGCCGCUUCUCCGCUUCUCGCAAGCUCAUCAACAAGAAGAAGGAUCAGAUCGACUCCAUCAUCGAAGAAGAAGGCCUUCUCCAAUCCGAACAUGACGCGCGUGUCCACACUCGCCGCUACUAUUUUCUCGCUUUCCUCCUUUCCUUCUUCCUUCUCUUCACCCUCUUCUCUCUCAUCCUCUGGGGUGCCAGCAGGCCCAUGAAGCCCAACAUCUUCGUCAAGAGCAUCAAGUUUGACCAUCUGAGAGUUCAAGCUGGUUCUGAUGCUACGGGUGUGAACACUGACAUGAUCACCAUGAAUUCUACCGUCAAAUUCACUUACCGUAACACUGGCACAUUCUUCGGGGUCCAUGUGGCAUCAACACCUUUAGAUCUAUCAUAUUCGGAAAUCGUAAUUGCUUCCGGCGAUAUGAGGAAGUUCUACCAGUCAAGGAAGAGUCAAAGGGUGGUGAGCGUGGCAGUGAUGGGGAACAAGAUCCCCUUGUAUGGAAGCGGCGCAAGCCUUAGCAGCUCAACGGGGAUGCCAAUGGUGCCGGUGCCAUUGAAACUCAGCUUUGUGGUUAGAUCCAAGGCCUACGUUCUUGGCAAAUUGGUGAAGCCCAAAUACUACAAGAGGAUUGAUUGUUCCAUCACUUUGGAUCCCAACAAGAAUCACCAUCACCUUUGAUUUUUUCUUUCGAAAAAGAAUUCACUUUUAUCCACCAUUUUAAAGCCAAGGAAUAAUAAUGUAUUCAACUCUGAAUUGUUCUAGUUUAUUUUUCAGGUAAUUAUAGCCCAAUAAUAUUCACUUUAUUUAUAUUUCA